CCGUGAUUCCCAGCAGCCCGGAUGUAGCGCGCAGUCUCCAGCAUCAGUCCCGGAGAAUAACAUGACACCGACAACCACAUAACACCGUUUUCCCUCCGCAGCGUUCCCGCAGGAGCGGAGCGCACCGCUGACAGGAAUGUGACGCGCUUCCCGCCGCAGCAGGAUGUUUGGGAAGAAGAAAAAGCGUCUGGAGAUCUCGGCUCCGUCUAACUUCGAGCACCGCGUCCACACCGGCUUCGACCCGCAGCAGCAGAAGUUCACCGGCCUGCCGCAGCAAUGGCAGAGUCUGCUGGCCGACACGGCCAACCGGCCCAAGCCCAUGGUGGACCCCUCCUACAUCACGCCCAUGAAGAUAUCUCCCAAGAAAGUCCGGUUGGCUGAAUCGCCGUUGCGAAAAACCAUCGUCCGCGGGAGCCGGCCGCCCAAGGACGCCUCCAUCAACGGCCUGCUGGAGGAGUUUGACAGCAUCUCCGUCACCCGCUCAAACUCUCUGAGGAAAGAGAGUCCGCCUGGAGCCCAUCAGGCUGGCGGGAGCAAGCCAGCGUCUGCGUCCACGUCCAACGCUGGCGGACCGGAGGAGAACGGCUUCGGACACUAUUACGGCCGCUUCUCGUGCAACCUGGACAGCAGUAAAGACUUCUCGCUAGAGGCGUACCGCGACCGAGGCGCCCAUGACAGCGAGUGGGCGGUUGGACGGCACUACCGCUUCUCUCUCAGACAGAACGGCCAUCCCAUCCGCAGCCCCUUCUAUCCCGACGCCAUGCCGCAGAAGUCCUCGGACUACGCCAAGAUGCCACCCGACUACCACGCCUACCUGGAGAACAAGAUGCGGCUGUCCACCGACGAGAUGGCCAUGGGUGGCCGCAGGGAAUACUACCGCGCCUCUCUAGGCGGAUCCAGCCAGGACUAUCGGGAGCAUCCGCUGGGAACGCCGUCGCGUGUCUCCAUCCACAGCGGGCAGAUGAACUAUCCCGAUGGAGACUGGGGAUACGGUGUGGGACUGAGAGACGACUACGACAAGAGGCCCAAGUCCUCGUACAUUCGUCAGACGAGCCCCCAGCCGGCCAUCCGGCAGCGCUCGCGCUCGGGGUCGGGCCUGCAGGAGCCCAGCCUGCUGUAUGGCAUCAGUGCAUUUAAAGCUGCACCGCAGGGGCCGUACAGCUCGUACACGUACCCCAGACUGUCCGAGAACACGUCUUCGCUCAUCAUGGGCAAGGUAAAGAUCAAAUCGGCCUCCUACUAAUGAUGGGUUUGGCUUUUAUUGUCCUGCAGGGGCAUCAUGUCAAAAUACGCCAGUGCAUUAGGGAUGCAUUCACACUAUUGAUUUGUGUGAUUCUCUGGCACAGUCAAUGCAAGAUAAAUCCAGACUUGCCAAAGUGAACCACUACUGAUGAUGCGACAUUUGCAUGUGAUGGUCAAAUGCAGUUUGUCUGCUCAGAGAUCAUUGCAUGACAGAUUUUGGAUUAAAAAGCUCCGUGGAGAUCCAUUGUUUUGCUCAAACAGCUUGUGGCAGUAAAAAUGCGCAAUAAAAAUGAAGUGAUAGUUCACCCAAAAAUGAA